AUGACUGACCCGGAGAAGCAGCCCGAACAACCUAAGGCUGUUCAACAACAAAAGCAAGUCAUCGCAAACAAGGUGACCGGGACCGUUAAGUGGUUCAAUGUAAAGAGCGGGUAUGGAUUCAUUAACAGGGAUGACACCAAAGAAGAUGUAUUCGUUCACCAAACCGCUAUCGUUAAGAACAAUCCCAAAAAGUUUGUUCGGUCCGUGGGAGAUGGAGAAGUCGUCGAAUUUGACGUUGUCGUGGGUGAAAAGGGAAACGAAGCAGCGAACGUGACCGGACCCAAUGGUGAAGCUGUUAAGGGAUCUCCCUAUGCUGCAGACAAGCGUAAAGUUUAUCAGUGGUAUUACAGACGACCCAUGCCAAAUCGUCCGCGAAGGCAGAGAGACGAAGAAGGAGACGGGAAAAACGGUGAAAAUGGAGAAAAGGGAGAAAAUGACAAUCAGGGUAACCAGCAAAGGCGCUACCGUCCUAUAUUUCGCCCUCAUUACAACUAUCACCCGCGCCCACGUGGACCUCCGAGAGACCAAAAAGACGGAGAUGGAAUGGGCGGCGAGAAUCGCAACCAAAGACCUCGCAGAAAACCUUAUCGCUCGUACAAGGACAAAAUGGAGUGGGACUACGUGGUGAGACCGCGAAGCUACAAUAACAAACGUCAAGGAGGAGGAGGAGGAGGUGGCGGAGGCGGAGGCGGUGGUGGAGGUGCCGGUGGUGACAUGGGUCAAGGCCCUCGCCCACGCCCACGCUACUACAGAAAUCUUCCCCGUAACUUCGUCAGGGUAAAUAAAAACUCUCAAAGUGAGGGAGAUGCCAAGGGGAAGCAGGGAGCCCAAUCUGCUGCCAACAAUGCAAAUGAAAGCACGGCAUAA